AUGAUUCGAGUGACAUUCCUGGGCACCUCGGCCGCCUGUCCGACCGUGCGCCGCAACGUGAGCGCCAUCUCCGUGCAGCGGGAGGGCGAACUCAUGCUCUUCGACUGCGGCGAGGGAACGCAGCGCCAGAUGAUGCGCUACGGCACCGGCUUCUCCAUCUGGGCGGUGUUCAUCACGCACAUGCACGCGGACCACUUCGUGGGGGUGACCGGGAUGCUGCGCACCAUGGCGCUGCAGGGACGAAGCGAGCCCCUGCUGCUUGCCUGUCCGGUCUCCGGGCGGCGAGUGCUGGCCGAUGCCGUCCACCUCGGGUUCGAUCGCCUGAGUUUCCCGGUCGAGAUCCGGGAAAUGAGGCCCGGGGAUCGGGUGCCGCGCGACGGGUACGACGUGUGCGCCUUCCGGGUGGACCACGGCAUGCCCGCGCUCGGCUAUGUCCUCCGUGAAGCCGAUCGCCGGGGGCGUUUUGAUGUGGAGAGGGCGCGCGCCUGGCCAACAAUUUCUGAAUGA